CACCACCAUCAUGUCUUACCAACAACCUCCUUACGAGCAGCAACCUUAUGGCUACCCUCCCCAGGGCCCUCCUGUUAGUCAAUCACCACCUAAUCGCCCCAAAUGUGAAGAUACUAACCAACGACCUCUACAGAUGCAAUACCAACAGCCCCCUCCCCAACAAAUCAUCGUCCAGGAAGAGAAGAAAGACGACAAAGGCUGCUGUAUGACCUGGUAUGUCGCCCUAGAGGUCGUGUAAUUUCACAACACCCAGCAAGAAACAAAUUUGCUAAUGGAUUGGGUGUACUGCAACAGUCUGGCGACGCUAUUCUGCUGCUGGCUCUGCGGCGAGACUUGUGAUUGUUGUUGCGAUUGUUUAACUUG